ACGGGAGUAGAUGUCAUGGCACGGAAGCCCGAAGGAACCGUAGGGUUUAGUUAUUAGUUAUUACUGAUAGUGGGCCGAGUCUGAGUAGUGGCUGGGCUUGCUUUUGGAUUUGGCUACCUCUGGCGUCUCAGCAGGCCAAUACGUUUCAGUGGGCCUACAAUGAAAAAUGGGCCUGAAAUCAGAAGACUUUGUAAAACGAGAUCCUACGUUUACUCCUCGAUCUCCUCCUUCAAAAUCGCUCUCUACCCCAAUAUAAAUAAAUUUCAUUUCAUCGCCCAAUUCCCUCCAAAACAGUCCAAUGUCAGACGACACAACCACCUCAGAAACGACGGCCACCACCUUCGAGUCGCCACCGUCUGAUUCUCUCUCCAAACCCCAAUUGGCCAUCCAGUCACUCUCCUCCAUCCUCACCACCAUCCCUCCCUCUCUCUCCACCACUCAGAACCCUUCCCGCUCCCUCCUCCACGACCCCGACGUCUCCUCCCAAAUUUCCACCCUCCUUCGCCUCCCAAACUCCGGUGCCGGCGAAAACAACCUCUGCCGCUGGUUCUACGACACUUUCCAAUCCACUGACCCCGAUCUCCAACUCGUCGUCCUCCGAUUCCUCCCAAUCAUCGCCGGCCUUUACCUCUCCCGCGUCUCUCACCGGAAACCCCUCGCCGGUUUCGAAGCCAUCUUAUUAGCCCUUUACGCCCACGAAACCACGACCCGAGGCGAUCAACCCGUAACCGUAAACAUACCAGAUUUAUCAAACCCUAGUAUUUAUCAUGAAUCAAAAGCCCCAGUCAAAAACAACUCAACAGGAUUGAAUCUAACGGUUAUAUCCCCAAUUUUGGAGCGCUAUGGAACUGUAAGGUCCACCAGGAGGGCUGGGAUCGUAGGGGUUGCAUUGGAAUUGUAUUACAGCAAAAUCUUUCUGAUGCCUGUGGAAUCCAAAAUCGAUUUCUGUGAGUUCUGUGAGAUUUGGGCAGGUCAAGAUGGGGAAAUGUACAAGGAAGAUAGUGCUGAUGAUUGUGAGAAUGAAGAUGUGGAGAAGGAGAAGAAAGGGAAGGAGAAAAAGGGAGGGAGGAUUCCUCUGCCAUGGGAGUUAUUGCAGCCCAUUUUGAGGAUAUUGGGCCACUGCCUUUUGGGGCCCAAUAAGGAUAAGGCCCUGUUUGGGGCAGCUUCUGGUGCUUGUAGGAGUUUGUAUGCAAGGUGUUUGCAUGAUAUAAAUCCAAAAGCAAUUUUGGCUAUUGGUAGUCUUCUUAGGUUGGGGAAGAUUGCAAUGGAUGACAAGUCUACUGUUGAUUAUACUGAGAUACCACUGGCUGAUGUAAUCACAAUUUGAGAUCUAUUAGUCUGAUCUUCGUUCAAUAAUAAUUUCAAUGAGUCCUGUCUCUGUUCAUCUUUCAUGGAGU